AUGCGGCGACAGCGCCGGUCCAGCAGUGGUGCCUCCACCAAGGCGGCCGCUCCCAUUCCGGAGGCCGUCUCGCUGAUACACUCCUUUGAUUCGGCCACGAACCCCAACCGACCUGCUCGUCCGUCUCCGCUGGCCUUCUCGCAGAUCCAGGGCAUGCCGCUGGAACUGAUUGACCGAAUUCGCAACUUCCCUUUGUUCCAAUCCACGCCAGACUCGUUCCUUGCUGAGGUGGGCUUGCACCUGCGUCCACAGCUCCAUGCGCCCAAUGACUAUAUUGUGUCCGAGGGAGACGAGGCCAAGGCCAUGUAUUGGCUGGUUAGGGGCGCCGUCGCUGUCACCUCGCGGGAUGGGGAAAGUGUCCACGCAGAAUUGAAACCGGGAGCCUUCUUUGGCGAGAUUGGCGUGUUGAUGGACCGGCCUCGUACUGCGACCAUCGUCGCGCGCACGCGAUGUCUGCUCGUCGUCCUCACCAAGGAGGAUUUCCACAAGAUCCUCCCCCGAUUCCCCGAAGUCGAGCGCGCCAUCCGAGAAGAGGCUCUUGAACGGCUGAUGAUCCUUGAAAAGAAGACUGUUAAAGAGCCGUCGAAAACAGUGGGCAUGAACCGCAGAGGUUCCAAGAGACUGCGCGAGAGUCUCUCAGGCCUGACGCCGGGAGAAGAGAACGACUUGAGGGCGAUGAAUAUCCACAAGAAGCGCAAAUCCCCGAGCCCAGGGUUAGCUGACAUCUCAUCGAGUGUGCUUGCAAACGGUUUAGUCAACGUACGUUUGCUGUUGAAAGAAAUGCCCCUAUUUUCCAGCCUCCCUCCGGAUCUUCUCCAUUUCCUAGGCCUCAAACUUCAACCUUUAUCAUACCCCCCUUUUACGGAUAUCAUUCGGCAAGAUACCCUGGGUCGUGAAAUUUACUUCAUUGUUCGCGGUGAGGUGGAGGUUCUCAAUGAGAACCGGGACCCAAAUAAUCCUCGGAGAGGGUCAGACGAUCAAGGCGGUCGCGGCGUGCAAGUCAAGGCCCGUUUACACCAGGGUCAAUACUUUGGCGAGAUCGUUAGUUUGUCCUUGACCCCCCGCCGAACAGCAACCGUCAGAUCAGUGACCUCUGUCGAGUGUUUGAUGUUGGACGGUGAUGUUUUAGUAGAAUUUUGGGAGAAAUGUCCUGAUGAUCUACGAAAACAAAUCGAAAAUACUGCCAAAAGCCGACUUGAAUCGGCUGCAGAUAACGAUAUUCUCAUGCCUGAUGCCAAAGACCCAACUCCGCCUAUCAACCAAUUAAGUAUUAAUGACACACUCAAGAUUACCAGUCUUCGCCGAAAAUCAAUGCCUAUGGUCACCCUGACUGAAUCUGAAUUGGACAAUACCCAAAAUACCCCUGGAGAUACAGACGUUCCGGUUUUGAGCCCAUCUGACCCUGAUCCUUUCUUGAAUGUAGGUCUCGACAAUGUCAAGCUUAGAUCCCGUCGAGGCUCGGCGGCUAUUAUUUCUCCAAAGGAGCCUUCAGGUGCAGACAUCAGCCGACAGACAACGCCUAGUGAAACACGCUCCAGCAGUUCCCUCCCCGCGGCAGCUCAGACAAAUGGCAAGGUUCCUUCGAGACAGCGAUCAGGAACCUUACAUGAACGAUACAAGCCGGGAAGUCGUGGUUUCCUGCCAGAUAAUGUGCUCAUAGGUAUUUUUCAACGAUUAGAACUACAUGAUCUACUACACCUGCGCGCAGUAUCCAUCCACUGGUCGGAGAUAUUAACAAACUCGCCCAACCUCUGCCAAUACCUAGACCUCAGCACUUACAACCGCAGAGUAACUGAUCAUGCGCUCUCAACGGUCAUAUGUCCUUUUGUGCGAGAUCGUCCACGUUACAUUGACAUCAACAAUUGUUUCCAUAUCACCGACGAGGGCUUUAGCAACUUGGCAAAGACAUGUGGUCACAACGUUCGAUCUUGGAAAAUGAAAAGCGUGUGGGAUGUAACGGCUACCGCCAUCCUUGACAUGGCAGGAAAGGCAACGGAACUUCAAGAGGUGGAUUUGAGCAACUGUCGGAAAGUGAGCGACACACUGUUGGCGAGGCUUGUCGGAUGGACAGUUCCAACAGCAACGUUGGCACAGCACAACCAAGUUCUUCGAAGCAGCAUAAAACCAACUUUACAGACGGCUAAUGGUGCAGUUUAUGGUUGCCCACAACUGAAAAAGUUAACCUUGUCAUACUGUAAACAUGUUACCGAUCGCUCAAUGCAUCACAUCGCUUCCCACGCUGCUUCACGCAUAGAGCAGGUCGAUCUGACAAGGUGUACGACUAUUACCGAUCAAGGCUUCCAAUACUGGGGUAAUGCUCAGUUUACAAGACUGCGGAAACUUUGCCUGGCUGACUGCACCUACUUGACUGAUCAUGCGAUCGUGUGCUUGACAAAUGCCGCGAAGAAUUUACAGGAACUAGACCUGUCAUUUUGCUGCGCUUUGUCAGAUACAGCUACCGAAGUCCUGGCCCUGCAAUGUCCUCAGUUGUUGAAGCUGAACAUGUCGUUUUGUGGAUCAGCAGUUUCAGACCCGUCAUUAAGAAGCCUCAGUCUACACCUUCUGCUUUUGCAAGAACUGUCUGUUCGAGGCUGCGUUCGCGUAACGGGUACUGGAGUCGAAGCCGUUGCAGAUGGCUGUCAGAACCUGAAAUAUUUCAAUGUCAGCCAGUGCAAAAAUCUCACACUAUGGUUGGAGCAUGGAGGUCAAACUCGAUAUCAGAACAAGAUAUAUUUCGAAACCGUUACCAGGGAUGGUAGCCUGUUUCGAUGA